CAUGCCGUCAUGCUCUCUUGUCGUUGGUACCGCCCACCGUCAGUCUCUCUUGACUCGGGCCAACAACUCGUUGCCCACACACACACACACACGCCGCCGUCACGCUCGCACAUGCGCCGCCUCUUCGCUGCCUCGAGCAAGUACCCGGAGCGGUGGUUAGACAGAGUUAGGCCAGCGUCGCCCGAAGCGCCACGCAUGGCCCAUUCGCUGCGCGCGACAUGGAUUCGGCUAUCCGUUCCCAAAAGGCAUCUAGCCCUGCCCACACAUGCAACCCACCCACUGCUGCUGCCCGCGCCGAACCAGCCCCGCACUGCUCCGGAAACACUAACCGACCGCUGCAUCUCUCUCCCUCACCACUCCGCUACGUCUGCCGUGCAAACGCCCCGAGCAAACUUUGGCUGUGUGUGCGUGUGCCUGUGUGAUUCUACUGCCCAAUGCACACGGUACCAACAAAGCCUCCGCUACAUAAGGUUAACUCAUCCCCCUCCCACGAGGUACCACUCCGCAUGAACCACUGGGAGGGAAAAGCUACAAAGAGACAGCAUGGCUAGCCAUUGUGCAUGCGCUCUGUCAGGUAGGCAUACGCGAGGGGGGGGGGAAACCCGAACGAGACGUGCAUGAAUUCAAGAACCCCAUUCAAUCAUCAAUCAUCACCCAGUCCAGCAACCGAAUGAUUGCCUGUGUGCGUGCCCAAUUCACGCACUGGUCAAGUGCAAGUCUCUGGCAAACACGCAUACAUACAUACAUACAUACGACCAGCAAGCGCCUCUUCCAUCAUCGCUAUCGUCAUCAUCGUUGUCGUUUUUCGUAUAUUCUAUUUUUUGCCACAGUCUCUCUGCAUCCGGCUUUUAUUCCCAGGUACCUUCGUAAUGGCAAUAUCGACAUCCCGGACCCCAUCCUCGCCAUGUCAACCUUGACGUGGACUUUUCGCGGGGUACAUAUCACCCCAAAUCACCAGACUGCCACCUUGGAGAUUGCCCGGCUA